GGAGCGAGGCCAUACAUGGAAGACCGGCAUGUCAUUGUGGCAAAUUAUAGCCCCACAGGGGGGCGGGGCCUGCUCGACUCGGAUGGCAUUCCCCGCAGCUACGCUGCAGUCUUUGACGGCCACAAUGGCUCACAGUCUGCAGAGGAUGCCUGCUCUAGGAUGCACGUGCUGCUGGCGGCGGAGCGCGGCUUUGCCGGCUGCACGGGCGCGGCCGGCGGCCCCGGCGCCGACGCGGAGGCGGCUGGCAUGCGCGCCGCGCUGGAGAGCGCCUUUCUGGCAGUGGACCGGGAGAUCUUGGACCGCGCGCGGCGCGAGGGCGGCCGAGACGGCAGCUGCGCCCUGGUCGCUGUCCGCAUUGGGGACUCGCUAUGGACAGCACAUGCAGGGGACAGCCGCGCUGUUCUGUCGCGCGGUGGGAAAGCAGUGCGGCUGACCGAAGAUCACAAGCCGAGCCUGGAGCGGGAGCGGAAGAGGGUGCUGGACAGCGGGGGGCGCGUGGAGUUCCAGAGGUGCUGGCGCAUCAUUGCGGCGGGCACCAACGAGGACGCCGGCCGCUUCACGGGUCUCGCCAUCUCGCGCUCCCUCGGUGACCUCGGCUUCAAGGAGCCUCGCCUGUUUGUGGAGCGGAUACCGGAUGUGGGCAGGGAGCAGCUGCUGCCGGGGGACUCCAUGAUCAUCAUGGCCAGCGAUGGGCUGUGGGACGUCCUGGGAGACCAAGACGCCGUCAAUAUCGCCGAGGUAAUUGCCUGUUCCCCUGUUACUGCCUGUCACCCCGCACAAGGCAAUGCAGUUUGCGCAGGAGUUGCUUUGAUACAGCCCACAUUUGCCCGGGCUGGCCAGGGGAGGUUGGUAGUGAUCAAAUAG